GUGGCCGCGCGCAUGUUUCUUCUCCGAUGGAAAUGGAUCGAUGCUGAAAAUAGCUCGGCCCGCAGAAGAGUACGAGGUGAGUCGCCUUCGCUUUCGGCACGGCCUUCGCGUCUCUAUCGACGCUUGCCGCCGCCGCCGCCAACAUCGCUACCGCUGCUGUCGUCGUCGUCGUUGUCUUCUUUCACGGACCAAAUACGCCGGCUGCGAGUGCCGAACUACCUCGAACCGCGAUCUGAGAUCUAAGUCGAGCGGGAUGACGCGAAAAAAAUGUGUGUCGUAUCAACGUGGCUGAUGAGGCUGAAAUCGAGCCUCUCACGCACCACAGUAGGUCUUAGAGGAUGCACAAGUUAGCCAAGGGGCUGAAGAAGAAGAAAAAGCCGAAGAAGGGCAAGAAGGGAGCGGAGGAGGAGGAGUUUGAUCCGGAAGAGCUCGAGCGUUAUCGGCGUGAGCGAGCAGAAGCCCAACAGAAAGCCGAGGAAGCCGGCGAAUCAGCCAAAGGUACCGGAUCUGACGAGUGGAAAAAGUUCCAGGCUUUGACUGCUGGCGUCGAUUCGGUUUUGAAGAAGACUCAACAUGACCUCGAUCGGAUAAAGUCUACUUCAUUCUUCCAGCGAAAGGCGCCGUUGGAAGAGAAGAAACCAGAGGAGGCAAAGCAAGAGGACUCCAACAAAUCAUCCUCGAAGAGGUGGGUAGGCUUCGACAAGGAGGGUAAUCCAAUCGAAGCUGUACCGCCGGAGAUCGACGGUCAAGAAACAAAGGAAGAGAAAUCACUCGUUAAUGAGGACGGUUUUGUAAAUGUACCAGAGGAUGAAGAUGAGCAAGAGGAUUCCGCCGAUGAGGAUAUCUUCGACACCACUUAUGUCGAUGUUCUUCAAAACAUCGACGUUCAAUUAGCUUACAUACCAGACAGUCCGACCGAGGAAGAGACUGGGGACGAUCCCUUUGACACCACCAACGCCGACAAGGUUCUUCGUACAGUCGAUAAAAAGGGCAAUAAGCUAGUCAGUUUAGGCAAUGCUGUUGAGGUGUUAUCGGGAAGAAUAGACUAUGUAAGCACUUGCAAGAUCACCAAGGGAAGGAGACCUCGAAUUCAACAAGAUCUAUUGUUAGACGAUUUUGACGAGGCGGAACAGCCGUCGGCGGAAGCUGUUGUAGCGGAACCGACAGAAGUAGAAAAGACUUUGCUAGAUGACGACAGCGAUUUUCCCGAUAUUCCCGUUGAUUUGACGAAAUUACCGCCUGUACUACCAAGACCAGUCAGCCCCGUUACUCCUACAGUUAUUCAAGAGAACGCAGCCUCGACUGAGAAAACAUCAAAUGGCCCAUUAGAUAUUUCUGAAUUCGAAGUUUUGAAGGAGAAAACGAUUUUAGAAGAAAUUCCUGACUUGGAUGACGCUGAAUUUGAUUUGAACGCCUCGCUAAAUGAGUCAACUUGUCUCGAGGAAGCCGAUGAUCCAUUUGCCACGAAAGAUCCUGGAACAACCGAUUUUCAGACAGAAAUAAUUGAGGCCAGCUUCGAAGCGGCUACUUUUGUCGACGAGGCCGAUCCAUUUGAUACUACAUUCGCGGAUAAUAUAUUACCAGGUAAAACAGAGUUGAAAUUUAUCGAGAAGGAACUUGAAGAACUACCUGUCUCAGAAGUAUCCAUAUCACUAACUGAUCCCGCUGGCUUUAACAGAGAUUACGAAACUGGCCUGUUGAAGUUAGAUGAUGAACAGAAAGAUGAUCAUAACAGUUUGCUGUCAUCAAAGAAGGACUUGUUAGGCGGUUCGACCACUGAUCUUAGUCAAUUGGCGGACGAACCAAUAGCGCCUGUCGAGGAUAUCACUUACGUCGAUCCUUUUGAUACAUCUGCAGUGAAAGAACUUCCACCCGGCAAAACAGAGCUCAAGGUUUUAGAAAAGGAAUUACUCGGUGAGCAAUCUAACAGUUGCAUCGAGGACGAUAACGAUUUUGAUCCAAGGAAAGAUGAGGCGUCAGUAAAGCAGUUACCUACAAAACCGCCACCACCUAGACCAUCCGCGCCUGUUAAAUUUGUGCCAGUUGAGCCUGUUAAAUUUGCGCCACUUGAGCCUGUGUUUACUGUUAACUUUGAAGAGGACGAGAAAGUCGAAGCAAUUCCAACGGAUCUUGAGAGAAAGACUUCCCGGCCGGAAGUUCUCGAACUAGCUCCAACCAAAGCUGUUGCAUUUGAAUUGCCGACGCCGUCAAAGAGACCCGACCUUCUCGCGACUACCGAAGAGGAGAAGACACUACCCUCUAAACCGCUGACACCGUACUACUCCCAGAAGUCUAUAGAAGAGUCAUUGCCAACAGAGGAAGAUGAAGUAGAUGUCGAUCCAUUCGACACGAGUUUCGUCAAUAACGUCGCGCCAGGCAAGACCGAGCUCAAGCUCAUUGAGUCAGAAUUGUUGAGGCAGGAACCCAAGUUGCCUCAUAGUUUAAGUGAUCACGACUUCGAUCCGAGAUCUACCGCAGAACCAAUCAGAAGACAGAGCGACUUUACGGCUACCUCGGUCGCACCGAGUAGUUUAAAACUUGCGCAGCUACAAUCGUCGCUGAUACAAAAGGUUGAAGAGGAAGUGAUACCAAGACAAGAACCCCAGAGGCAGGAGAGCUUAUUGGAUGCGGAAAUCGAAGUCGACGCAAAACCUCUGACACCUAGAAUCGAGAGUAAACCUAUCGUGGAAGAGGAGAUUUCCUAUUCGGAUCCUUUCGACACUUCUAUUGCGACUAACAUUUUGCCCGGUAAAGCGGAAUUGAAGAUAUUGGAGAGUGAAUUGCAGCAAAUUCCUCAACAACCACCACCGCGCUCCAUUGUUCUACCUACGGUGGUACCUAUCAUAGCAUCGACAAUCCCAGAAAUUGACGACUUCGAUCCUAGAGCGGACGAAGUAAAGGAGUCCAAAGACUUUUUGUCUUUGGACGGACAGGAUCCCGGCGACAAAGUGUUGACGCCGCUUCAGAAUAAAGAUCUUAGUUUGGACGACGACGUGGAUCCCUUCGAUACUAGCUUUGCUACUAUCGAGCCUGGGCGGACUGAACUGAAAUUACUCGAAUCCGAACUGAUGAAUUUGCCCCCGCAGGCUUCCAAUCCUUUCCUCCAAGAUUUCACUGACGCGGCAACUUCCGGCGCAGGCGAGAAUCCUUUUUUAAAUUUCGGCAGCGACCAAACAGCGUACGAACCACCAAUAUCCGUCGAUUCUACUAAUCCGUUUGCCUCCUUUGGCAUUGAAAGUACCGCUCCGAAUACCGGAUUCGGAGCGAUCGUCGACACUGAUACGCCAGCAACCAACGUCUUCACUAGCCAACCAUCGAAUAUUUUCGUCACGUCCGAUAAUACGAAUGUAGAUCUAUUUGGUACGAUGACGGCGACAACAGCCGAGAAACAAUCGACGACGAUCGUUAGUCCGCCUCAACCAUCUCCAGCGGCAACACCUCCGUCGAAGAAUGGAAAGCCGCCGCCAUCAAGACCACCUCCACCGAGACCACAACCACCACCAAUACCGCAUCCACCGGUACAACCACCUGCCAAGAACACGAAGGAUCUGAUAUUGUCGGUUACGGGAGCAAUGGACGCUACUUCAAACCAUCUUCUGGAUCGUUUGCAAGCAACUAGAACGCCCAGCCCCACGCUGAUGCACUCCCCGUCACCUACUCCGGAGCACAGCUUUGCCGAUCUUCUGGACGUCGACAGCAAUGUGCCGGAUCUGAUCCCAGAUGAUAAAGUUAUUGAGCCGCCAAAAAAUCAAGACAUCAUGGAUCUCUUUGAUGCGCCUUCUGAAGUCACCCCGACCGGUAUCUUCUCUACUUCCAUGACCACUAUGGAUACUACCAGUCUCAUCACCGGAGUUUCGAUGACUACUACUACCAAAGACAAUCCCUUCGCAAGUAUGAGCGAAGAGGCAGUGGUACCGCAAGCGCAGCCUACCUUUGGAAUGGAAUAUCCAGAAGAUAUUAUUAGUAACGAGAAACGGCCUUCAAUGACCUCUACGACUCCUUUCACGGUUAUAGAAACAGACGUUGGACAAUCCGGUACUGUCUUGGACCUCGCGGAACCUGUCUCUGCGAUUGAAUGCUUGCGACCUAUGUUGACAGGGGCUACUGAACUCUUUCAAGAAGUAGAACAGGUUUCUACCGGUGCUGAUGCGAACUUUUUCUCCAUGACUAAUACAACCACAACAACACCCUUCGGCAUAGUCGAAACCACGCCCGCACCCUUCGCAGCUGCAGCUCAGCCUUUGUUUGCUCCGUCGGAAGUCACGCAUUCUGCCUUUGCCUCGGAUUUAUUAGGUGAUUUCGGAGAACCGACCAAGAAGGUCAGCAGUGGCCUGAUCUCCACCAGUCCGACCCCUGGAACGGAAUUUCCUGGAAACCAGGCUUACAGGCCCGAAGAACAAUUGGAUAAUUUUGCCGCUACGACGAAAGGGCCAAUCGCUAUGGACACUUCCAGCGAUGUCUGGGGAGACUCAUCAGCAGCUGGCUCGGAAGCGGCGAUCACUGGUUUUGGAGAAUCCGAUGGUUUUGAUUCUUUCUUGAGUAUGACGGCUCCACCACCGGAUACGAAAGUGAAAAGAUCUGAGUCUGCGGAAUCGGACGAGGGGCCCGAUUUCAGUGUAUUUAUCAAACCAAAAGAAGGAGAUCAGAUAACAGCAACAGAAGGUGGACCUGUACCUACGUUAGCGCCGCCGCCAAAAAGUCCGCAGAUCGCUGCGUACGCGGAUUCCUCGCCGCGUUUCAAUCCCUUCGAUAAAUCUGGAAUCGCGCAGGAUGCUGUGGUAUCUGAAACUGCACAGACAGCCGAAAUGGCUAGGACAGAUUCUCAGGAAACCCCGCCUACUCCUUUGUUUGAUGAGGACGUUAGCCAACCGCUUGAGGAUUUCCCGCGGAUAACUUAUACCGGCGAUGGUUGGGAGAUGCAAUUGCGACAGCCGAACAAAAAGAAAAUCACAGGGCAACGUUUCUGGAAGAAGAUCUUCGUCAAGCUGGUUUACCAGGGUGAUAAUCCGAGUCUUCAGUUGUUCAAUAAUAAAGACGACAAAGAUCCGUUUCAAGAAUUACCCCUACUCGCUUGUUAUUCGGUAUCAGACAUCGGCGCUCAACAAUUUGAUCAGUACGGGAAGAUAUUUACAGUGAAGCUACAAUAUAUCUUCUAUAAGGAAAGACCUGGUGUGCGACCCGGCCAGGUCACGAAGGCGGAACGACUCACAAACAAACUCAGCCAGUUCGCAGCAUACGCUAUUCAAGGGGAUUAUCAAGGCGUCAAAGAGUUUGGGAGUGAUUUGAAGAAAUUGGGUCUUCCUGUCGAACACGCACCUCAGAUCUCUCAGUUAUUCAAACUUGGUUCCCAAUGUUUCGAGGACAUGAAACAAUUUUCUUGUGCUAUCGAGGAAGCGCUCUUCAGGUUACCGGCGCAUCGUGAUCGGGCUCUAACUUACAAAAUGGAGGAAGUUCAGAUAACAGUCGUGGAUGAGUUGUAUGUCGAACAGAACUCGGAGGGUCACGUAGAUAAACAAAUCGCACGUGUUCGUCUUUUCUUCCUGGGUUUCCUUUCUGGUAUGCCCGACAUAGAAUUAGGAAUAAAUGAUAUGUGGCGACAAGGUAAAGAGGUCGUUGGUAGGCACGAUAUCAUCCCCGUCGUAACGGAAGAAUGGAUUCGCCUGGAGAACGUUGAAUUCCAUUCAUGCGUUCAGCUAGACGAGUACGAAAAAUCGAGGAUAAUAAAGUUCAAGCCGCCUGAUGCAUGUUACAUUGAACUGAUGCGGUUUCGCGUAAGACCGCCUAAAAAUAGAGAACUACCGCUUCAGCUAAAAGCUGUUAUGUGCGUUACCGGGAACAAGGUGGAGUUGAGAGCAGACAUUCUCGUGCCUGGUUUUGCAUCCAGAAAAUUAGGCCAAAUACCAUGCGAAGACGUGAUGGUUCGCUUCCCUAUACCUGAGUGUUGGAUCUAUCUCUUUAGGGUGGAGAAACAUUUCAGAUAUGGCUCGGUGAAAUCAGCACAUAGAAGAACAGGGAAGAUUAAGGGUAUCGAGAGAUUCUUGGGUGCCGUCGAUACGUUAGAACCGCAGCUGAUGGAAGUAACUUCCGGCCAGGCGAAAUAUGAGCAUCAACAUCGCGCCAUUGUAUGGAGGAUGCCCAGGUUGCCAAAAGAGGGUCAAGGUGCGUACACGACACAUCAGCUGGUUUGCCGUAUGGCUCUCACCUCUUACGAUCAAAUCCCCGAAAAUCUUUCGGAAUAUUGUUACGUGGAGUUUACAAUGCCGGCGACGCAAGUAUCUCAUACGACUGCGAGGAGCGUCAGCCUCCAAAACAGUGACAGUGAUGCGCCCCCAGAGAAGUAUGUUCGAAAUUUGUCGCGUCACGAAUACAGGGUAGGGAUUGAGCAUACACAAGGCGAAGGGCCGGGUGCGUAUGUCUCGGCGACGAUUGCAAAGAAAAUCCCUGAGACUACGCCAGAAGUUCAAGAAACGCCCGACGCACCGGCCGAUUCUGAUUCCGACUCUUCAGAGUAACAUGAGUAAUCGGUGGAUAAAUCAAUGUCAAUCGUCUCUGCGUUGUAAUAAUUAGUACAGUAAGCUCAAAAAAAUGCGACUCUCACAACUAAUAUUUUAAUUAUCGGUUUAGUUAAAUAAAAUGAAUAGCCGGGGACAAAUUCAAUUAAAACAUAAAUAUUUAGUUCUACUAUCGUACGACUAUUUGACACUGUCAAAUAUUUGUACAACUACUUAAACAAAAUCACAUGUGUUUCUUUUCCAACAUACUCAAUAUCUUUUUGUACCGUUCCGCUCGUAUUUCUUUAAUACAUUCGGUGAUCAAAUGUCGUUUGGUUCGCUCGAGAUAUUGUUUUGAGAUCCAAUUUAACCACUCUUUGAAUAGUGUUUAAACUAAUAUUUGCCUCCUUUUUAUCAUUUUUUGUAUGGAAUGAACAGGAUUGCGGGCAAUCUUGCCCUUGACCAAUUCAAUAAAAGUUCGUGCAGUUCGUGAACAACCAUACUGCCUGACUUCCUAGGAGUUAAGAACCCAGACAACACAAAAUCCAAAUUUGAGACAUAAGACGUCUUUAAGAUGUUUUUUAGAUGCCAAAGAUGUCCAUGUCUCGAUUUUGAACACUUAGUGUUGUCUGGGAACUUACUGAUAUUUGAUUAAGUACCAAUUUUUUUAACACGGAAUACAGUACGCGGAACGGUGGCACCCACAAGCUGACAAAUUUCUUGAAUUGAUUCUUGGACGUGGAGCAAAUCGUAUAUUUUUUAUUUAUCGAACAUUUUUAAUGCGAUUGACAAGAAUAUAAAAUUAUUAUUACAACUUUGUGAUAUAUCAAAAGCGACGCUUCCAUUAUGCAACAAAUAGCGUUAAUGUGUCAUAUCCAACUAACAUAAUAGUGAUUAAAAAAGAGUUGCAUUUUUUUGCAUGUACUGUAUAUUAUCAAGAGGAUAGAAAAGGACUAUAAAAAGGAAAUGGGUUACGUAAAUCGAUUGAUAAAGGUUAUAUAUAUGGCUGAUACACUAGUCGUUUAAGCGGUGAACAUAAGGCUGGUAUUUAUAAUCCGUUCUUAUUUUAAGACCGUUUUAAGUAAUAUUUGAAAGUGUUAAUACAGCUCUGUAGUCGGUAUUUAUAAUUCGUUCUUCUUACAAGACAGUCUUAAGUAAUGUCUUAAGAUGCUAAGGUGGCUCUUUGAUUAGUUCAUGACAUCUAAAGACUGUACUUAAGAUGAUCUUAAAUGUAAGAAUUGCGACUAUAUACACCAGCCUCUGAUUGGCUUAUGACAUCUUAAAACUAUUUCAAACAGUCUUAGAACCGAUUAUGAAUACCGGCCAUAGAUACUAUAUCAUGUACAUGUUACUAAUCUGUAUGUAUACAGAGAGAAAAUUCACACGAAUUAACCACGAGAUGUUUCAUAAGUUUGCUGAUAGUUAUAAUAAACGGUGGAUGAUUAUUCUACAUUUGAGAAAAUAAAUACUUCGCGCGAUCGUUUAUCAAUUCAAAAAUAGCCGAACCGAUAAUUAUUAUGAUUGAGGGAAACAGAAUCAGAUCAGUAAAGAUUAAAAAAUUAGUCAAUUUACAAGAUCCUUAAACGCAUCGAUCGCUGAGCGAUCAAGCUAGUCAAAGCCAUGCAGACUGAAGAGAUAAUUUACUUGAAUAAGAAUUGCUAGAAUGAUAAUUGCGAAUUGUACAAAUUAUUUUCGAUUUUUUAUCGAGAGUCUCACAUCUACUUGGAAUUAAGUAUGACUACUCUUUUUUUGCAAUUCUUGAAUCAAUUGCUAUGAUAAUUGUUCACAAAAUAAUGAUUGACAGCGAGCAAUUUACGAAACAUCUCGUCCACAUUCUCGUGCAACAUAGCGACUAAUGACAAGUAAAUAAUUAAAGGAAAAAUAAUUUGAAAUAUGGAAAGACAAUACCGCUUUUCUGUUUUAUUUAGCUUGUUAAAUCGUAGAGCACUCGCAACGGAAAGCUUUGUGUUCGUAAAGUGCUUUAUGACGUUAUAAAGAUUUAAAAACAUUUCCAUAGGCGAUUGUAAUGAAUUGAAAUUGUUGAUGAGAACAUUUGCGUGCUGUGUGCUUUCUAAACAGAUGGCAUUGUUUAUUCGGAAAU